AUGACCAUCGAUAUCAGGAAAACGUGCCCCGCACCGCACCCGAGAGCGAGUGCCUGCUUCUCGGAACCAUUGUUUAUUUUCGCCGGCACGGUGCGGCGCGCGUUGGGCGGCGAGAAUAAUGACAGGAUUAACGGCCAGCAACAAGCUGCCCGUGUUCAAAUUGAGUACCAAAUCAGAGACAUGGAGCUAUCGGAUAGAAAGCGAUGCUUAGAUAUGAUGGAGGGUACGUUCUUAAGGGACGAACCACUGUCACAAAUACUGGACAUUCAGUCGGACUUGGUGUCGGUGUCUACGAUCAGAUCCAAUUGGGAGAGGUAUGCCGAACAGGGUAUAUGUUUGGCGUGUUAUACAGAAGAGGACGGCGUCCCUCGUGAGCUGGUAGGCUGUAAUAUUCUAGUAGUGAAAUCAGCCGAUGAUGAAGAAGGGGAUAUUGAUAACGUCUCCGGUGAGACGUGGAGGAAACUGCUGCGGACGCUGGUGACCGCCGAGGGGUUCGUGGACGUGUUCGAGCACUACGGGGUGGACAGGUACCUGACGUCGAGCGGGCUGGCGGUGGUGCCGCCCCAUCGCGGCCAGAACAUCGGCGCCCAAAUCAUCAACGCUCGGAGAUAUCCCAAGGGUGGUACUAUGAUAAGGAAACCCGGAUCUGAUGAUGGCAUCCCAGAGAAAACGAGGGCCAUCAUUGAAUGUAUUAGGGAGGCCAUCUGCAAAGCUUUCGGCUUCGAUGCGACGGCAACGGUGUUCACCGCGAGGAGUUCGCAGGUCCUGGCCGCCAAAUGCGGCUACCAGCAGCUAGCCGUUUUGCCCUACGAGGACAUGUUGCAGCAUGGCAUCGACCUCACGGGCUGCGCCACUCCCAGCGCUGUACUGAUGGGCAGACAGUACAAUGUGCAUCCGGCUCCUGACGCCCAA